AAUUGCAUAAGCUAUAAUGUAGGGGAGACUUCUAGUUUUAGGAAGGCGAGGCCUUACAGGAAACUAAGAAGAGCAAUGUUAGGGGUCAGUAUUUUUUGUGUUUUUUAACCAUCAAGUAGCUAUCAAGAAUGUUUUUAAUGGUGUGAGAUUAAAUCCAAUGUUGUGGGAUCAUUCAAUUUUCUCUUGAUGGUUAAAUGCUGACCAAGUUUUCAAAAAACUGCUGGCCCCAAGACUUUCCCAACUAGGAAAGUGGACGGAGGUAAGGAUGAGAUAACUGCAGCUGCGGCGUGUGAGUGUGAGUGCGAGCGGGGAAAUAAUGUCAACGUUGAUAGGUGGAAGAUCGAGAUCAACAGCGAGAUCAGGAAGAAGAAGCAGCAGCAGACAGUUGCGGAUUCUGAUUGCGUGUCUUGCUCUUCUCGCCAUUCUGCCUCCGAUACUCUUCCAUCUCCGGGUCAGGCGUCUCCACCGGAUCCACCUCGCCAAGUGCGCCUGGCUUCACCAACCGCCUCUAGUCUGCGCCCACGGCGGCGACUCUUCCGUCGCCCCCUCCAACACCAUGGCAGCGUAUGUGUCUGCUCUUAAUUCCAAAGUGGACUGCAUUGAGAUCGACGUCUCUCGUUCCUCUGAUGGCGUCCUCUUUGCUCUUCACGACAGGGAUUUGCACCGCUUCUCUCCCAACACUACUUCUAAAGUUGGUCACCUUACCUCCAACCAGAUAAGAGAGCUUGGUGCUUCUCUCCAUUCUCCUGACAAGUUAAAAGAUCAAAGUAUACCUACCAUUCAAGAUGCCCUCAUGUUGACUGCAAAUUCAGUACGACAGAUAAUUCUAGACAUCAAAGUUGGACCCCCGUUUUAUGAGAAAGGUCUUGCCAGAGACAUUCUCUCUAUUCUGGAGAACACACUGUGUCAAAACUGUCUCGUAUGGUGUAAAAGUGACAAUUUGGUAAGGGAUGUAAUCAAACUUUCGUCAGAAAUUACGGUUGGUUACAUCGUUAUGAAAGAACCCUCUACUGGGGCUAGAACAAAUUUGUUGAGGAUGAAAGGUGCUGAGGUUGUUGGUGUCUACCACCCGUUGAUUGAUGAAAAGCUUAUGAGAGUUUUGCACAGAAGGAAGAAAAAGGUGUAUGCCUGGACUGUUGAUGAUGUGGAAUCCAUGCAGAGGAUGCUGUUUGAGCAUGUUGAUGCUGUUGUUACGGGCAAUCCAACUUUACUUCAACGCCUAAUGCAAGAUACCAGAACGCAAUGUCUUGAAGAGGGCUAUUCAUUACCACAGUAACAUUUGUUCAGGAACAUAACCGUUUUUUCACAUUAAAUUUGCCUUGUUUCAAAUCUUGAUAAUCAAUACACUAAUCUUUAUUGUUGUAUGCAGUCUCCAUUCUUCUCGUGGUUGAUUUGGGGAUUAUACCUUUGCAUUCAUGAUAUUUAGUGGCUCCUUAAAUAUUUGUGGAGUAAAAAAUUGGAAGAGAAUAAUUUGGGUUAUGUUGUUAUAUUGAUUGGCGUGUACUAGAAGACAUUUUUCGUGGUUCAGGAGCAGUGUUAUUUUUGCAUCAAGAUUUACAUAUCAUCUUUGUAUAUGCUUCUUUAUAUGAUUAUUACCAUUAUGUUGUGGAAAUUAUGGAACCCGUCUACGUAUUCAGAUUGAAUGAAUGAAGUGGAAGCAAGAAAUGUUCUAGCUAUAUACACGGCUUUAAUUCUACCAGAGACUUGUGCAUCGGCCAGCUUAUGGAUUAUUGAAUUUAAUGUUUGCAAGAAAAUAUACUUGUUUAAUUUACUUCAAUGGGGGAAUAUGUUGCUCAUUCACAUAAAAAUCUCAGUAAAUUAAACUUGAAGCUACAUCAGCUUGCUUAGAGUUCUAAAUGAUUGUACAGAAAAUAGUACUGAAGAAACAUAAGAGUUGCCACUGAUGAGACAUACCAAAGUAGUACGUAAAUAUAUAGUCUCCAAGACUUUAUUAGCACUCAUCUCACUA